AUGGCUGAAGAAGGUCUUUUGCAGGAGAUUUUCACUUCUCCUUUAAAUAUAUGUAUUUUGUGUCUCUCUUUGUCCCUGCUGUAUAAAAUAGUCAGGGGGGACAAACCUAGAACAUCGGAUGAAGAUAAAGAAGAACACUUGCCCAAAAUUAAAAAAAGAGACUUCACUUUGGCAGAACUUAAAGAAUUUGAUGGUGGGCAAAAUCCCAGGAUUCUGAUGACAAUAAAUGGCAAGGUGUUCGAUGUUACCAGGGGGAAGACAUUUUAUGGGCCAGAGGGACCAUAUGGGGUGUUUGCUGGCCGUGAUGCUUCAAGAGGUCUAGCCACAUUUUGCCUUGACAAUGAAGCUUUAACUGAUACUUAUGAUGACCUCUCUGAUCUAAAUGCUUCGCAAUGGGAGACUUUAAGUGACUGGGAAUCCCAAUUUUCAUUUAAAUACCACUAUGUUGGGAAGCUUCUGAAGGACGGAGAGGAGCCCAGGGAAUACACAGAUGAAGAAGAUUCCUCAGACCUGAAGAAGAAAAACUAAAAUAAUUCUGGCUUAAAACUUCAAAAAGAUUUUGUAACAUUCCAGAUAGUUAUUGCAAAUUUAAAGCAUGUUCUGUUUGUUCA